GGAAUGGCUGAACGAACCAGAGGUAAUUUAUUUCCGGGUUUUAGGACUACCAACCGAAGGUGAACGGUAAUGGCGUUUCCAUGGUAUUCGAGGAAAAGCAUGCAAAGCAAACACGGUCUUUGGCUAAAGCUAGCUAAUGAGCUAGAAGCGUGGCUAGAAGACGGUGGCUACUCAAUACUUCGACCGACCCGUAAAAAAAAGGUAACAUACGUUGUUUUUUUUUCUAGUAGUAAAAGCAAACUUCAGCGCCGAUGACAGUGUUGAACAAUACUGUUAGCUUUUCUCAUAGGCACAUGCUAAUUAGCUAGCUAGCUAACGUUAGCAUGCUUGCUAUUUGUCUGGGUCCCUAGCUAACGUUAGUUUUAUAACACAGUAUUGUAUUUUACAAACGUUAACGUUACGCUACUUAACAUUUUAGGUGAACUAGUUAGCUAGCUAAUAGUAAAUCUGUAAGAACUGAGGUUAGCUACCCAAGUGUUUGUUUGGCUCUCGCUUGGCUUUGAUUCAGUUUCCUAGAUCAUAUGAUGUGAACAACAACACUUGUUGUUAGCCAGCUAAAAUUAGCUUGGCAUAACGUUAGCUAAGAAAGGAUGGCAGCCAAUAAACUACAACAGACGGCGAGCGGUGUUUAUUACAGCCACUCCGCGACUAAAAAUGCUUCCCAAAUGGUACCCUAUUCCCUGCAUUGCACUACUUUUGACCAGAGCCCUACGGGCAAUAGGAUGCCAUUUGGCACACAAAACUUUAAUCUGUAAUCCCUACCGUGACCUCUCCAUGGCUUCCUGCCCAUGUAACAGGUUUGGCACACACUACUCUGAGUUAACUAGUUAGUUACACAGCGCUUUGGCUCUUGACCAGAAGAACGGGAGGACAGAAGGGAGAAUGGUUAGUUAUCUUUAGCUCUGAAAUACUAUCAGACAUUUUAUCAUUCUUUUAAAUCAUAAGGCAGAAUCCUUUUCCAAACCUAGAGCAAUACUUCUAAACAACUCUUUACUUAUUUUUAUUUUUUUCUCUUUCAGGGAGGACUAGACUAGCUAGAUGAGAAGAUCACGAUGAAGCUGAGAACCUGUCUUGUUGCUCAUCUCAAAGUGACUCCAGUCCCAUCUGUUCAGUUUGGCUACCAGCAGAUUUAGGACUGGCAUGCUCUCUGCCUGGAUGACAAGCACACAGCCUAUGUCCCUGAACACUGGUGAAAUGCACAGGAGCUAAGAAGAAGGAAGGACCUUUGAGGGGAGAUGUUACAUUUCCUGCUUUGACAGAACAUGGAUUUGACUGUAAUUAGGAGUUGGAUGAAUGUUUUUUUUUUUUUUAUACUGAAUGAAGGAGAUCUAAAGGCAUCUAAACAUCAAUGGAUUGUGGUUGGUCUGUUGGGUGUUGACUGGAAACGAAAGUGAAGGUGGUGACCAGGCUCAAGGUGGGGAGGCAGGUAGCCUGAAGGGCUAGCAACCGGAGGUCCAACGGACUGAAAUUCAGAGGCCUAUACUACGUACGUGGUUUGAGGAGUUAGCGAGGUAACUAUGGUGAACUCUGAGUUCAACUCGGAAUAACCGGUACCACAAAAGUGACUCACCUUUUUAGCCAGGUACAUUUCUAUGUCAACGAGUCCUUUAGCGCUAAACUGCUCCCGGGCUAACUCCAUUUAUCCUGAAUGAAGUGUCUAAGCCACGAUUUGAGGCUCAUCCCCUUCAUUUGAGGAAGACAACUGAUUUUAAAUAUUUUAUUAAUCAAAUGUUUUUUGUUGUUGUGGUAAAUAAAUAUUAAUGCAUUUGAUGCAUUAAUAAAAUGCAUUUGAAACUUCAUGCACAGUAAAACUGGUGUAUGACUUAAUACAGUUGUGAUAUCGAUUGGAGUGGGGGGGAAAAAAGGUGCUUGUGCAAUGAUAAGCACAUCACAGAAGCACACCAAAGACGGCAUUAACGAUAAGUAAUAAAAUAAAGACGUGGCACUGUCUCUCCCAUGGAUUGAUGUUUCAGCGUUGUCUCAAUGAUGAGUUCGGUGUUCGACUAGCAGCACUGACUCUCCCAUGGAUUGAUGUUUCAGCAUCGUCUCAAUGAUGAGUUCGGUGUUUGACUAGCAGCACUGACUCUCCCAUGGAUUGAUGUUUCAGCAUUGUCUCAAUGAAGAGUGCGGUGUUCGACUAGCCGCUCACGCAGUUAGAAGCCUGCUAGAGUUAGCCGCAGGCGGACGAGCAAUAUCCACCGUCGUGGUACGGAUGAAGCCUGAGCUAGAAUGUGAAGCCAACUGAAGCUGGCUAGUUUUAGAAACCCUGAGUAGCUGUAGCUUCAGUCGUAGUAUCCCCUCAGAUAGCUGUAGAUUCAGUCGUAGUAUCCCCUCAGAUAGCUGUAGCUUCAGUCGUAGUAUCCCCUCAGAUAGCUGUAGCUUCAGUCGUAGUAUCCCCUCAGAUAGCUGUAGCUUCAGUCGUUGUAUCCCCUCAGAUAGCUGUAGAUUCAGUCGUAGUAUCCCCUCAGAUAGCUGUAGAUUCAGUCGUUGUAUCCCCUCAGAUAGCUGUAGAUUCAGUCGUAGUAUCCCCUCAGAUAGCUGUAGCUUCAGUCGUAGUAUCCCCUCAGAUAGCUGUAGCUUCAGUCGUAGUAUCCCCUCAGAUAGCUGUAGCUUCAGUCGUUGUAUCCCCUCAGAUAGCUGUAGAUUCAGUCGUAGUAUCCCCUCAGAUAGCUGUAGAUUCAGUCGUUGUAUCCCCUCAGAUAGCUGUAGCUUCCGUCGUAGUAUCCCCUCAGAUAUCUGUAGAUUCCGUCGUAGUAUCCCCUCAGAUAGCUGUAGAUUCAGUCGUAGUAUCCCCUCAGAUAGCUGUAGAUUCAGUCGUUGUAUCCCCUCAGAUAGCUGUAGCUUCAGUCGUAGUAUCCCCUCAGAUAGCUGUAGAUUCAGUCGUAGUAUCCCCUCAGAUAGCUGUAGCUUCAGUCGUAGUAUCCCCUCAGAUAGCUGUAGCUUCAGUCGUAGUAUCCCCUCAGAUAGCUGUAGCUUCAGUCGUAGUAUCCCCUCAGAUAGCUGUAGAUUCAGUCGUAGUAUCCCCUCAGAUAGCUGUAGAUUCAGUCGUAGUAUCCCCUCAGAUAGCUGUAGAUUCAGUCGUAGUAUCCCCUCAGAUAGCUGUAGAUUCAGUCGUAGUAUCCCCUCAGAUAGCUGUAGAUUCAGUCGUAGUAUCCCCUCAGAUAGCUGUAGCUUCAGUCGUAGUAUCCCCUCAGAUAGCUGUAGCUUCAGUCGUAGUAUCCCCUCAGAUAGCUGUAGCUUCAGUCGUAGUAUCCCCUCAGAUAGCUGUAGCUUCAGUCGUAGUAUCCCCUCAGAUAGCUGUAGCUUCAGUCGUAGUAUCCCCUCAGAUAGCUGUAGCUUCAGUCGUAGUAUCCCCUCAGAUAGCUGUGUCACUACAGGCCACCUGUGUGUAGCCAGAGAGCAAAACAGGCAGCCCAAUUCUAAUAUUUGUAACAAUCAUUUGUCUUUUGAUAUUUUUCAGAGCUGAUCUGAUUGGUUAAAAUAUCAGAAUUGGUCUAUCUGUAAACACAGCCGGAGACGGAGGAGCAGGAGUCAGAGGCUGUGAAUGUGUGAAGCUCAUCCCAGCUGUGUGUAGCUGUCCUUGGCUAUGUAGCCAGACUUACCCCGCCAACAUGCUCCAGACCAACAACUACUCGCUGGUCCUGCUGGUCCAGCUGGGUCUGCUGACCUAUGACCUGUUUGUCAACUCCUUCAGUGAGCUGCUCAGGGCAGCGCCCGUCAUCCAGCUAGUGCUGUUCAUGUACGUACAUUAUUGUUUUUGUAGCUCAUUAGAUAUUCAAAUGUAAAAAAAAAAAAAAAAAAAAUGUAUUUAAUAGCUAGUUAUUUUUCUUACAUUUGUUAAAGAUGUUCUAACUGGGAUUCUAACCAUGAUAUAACCUGUGUGUCCCCCAGCAUCCAGGACAUCGCCAUCCUGUUCAACGUGAUCAUCAUUCUGCUGAUGAUGUUCAACACCUACGUGUUCCAGGUUGGCCUGGUCGCUCUGCUGCUGGAGAGGUUCAAAUCCUUACUGAUGCUGUCUGCCCUCUACCUCACCCUCAGCAUCUCAUUUCACUGCUGGAUAGUGGUACGUGCAGACAAGGGCCUAGUAGUAGUAGUUUUGUUAAGUGAAAAUAUUCUACGUUAACUCUCCGCAGAAAAAGGCAUUAUACCCACCUGUAGAGUUGUAAACAUUGAUCAUGUCUGAUAUGAUCUUGUUUCUUAUAGAACCUAAGAUGGCUGGAAUCCGAUCGUUUCAUCUGGACGGACGGCCUGCAAGUCCUCUUCGUCUUCCAGAGGGUUGGUAAGUUCUCCUGAAGAAAGGAAAGCCCCCAACCCCCACACACACACUGCUCUUGCCGGUAUGAUUUAGGUUUAUUCAGCCUUUAUGUAUCGGCCUGUUGGCUUUUUGAGGCUUUAAUAAGUGAUUGCUUCUUUUCACGAGAUGUCUUAAUUAACAUACCGUUUGUCUGUUUUCUGACGUUUUCAUGAGACAUACUAGACUAAACAACAUGCUGGUUUAUUUUGUUGGAGGCGUUUAACUGUGUUCUCGUUACCCACAGCUGCAGUGUUGUUUUACUACUUAUACAAGCGGACGGCAGAGUGUCUGGGCGACCCGCGGCUGUAUCGGGAUUCUGUCUGGCUGAGGGAUGCCUUCGCCAGAGCUCGUCAGUGAGGAGGAGGAGGAAAUGAAAGGAACAAUUACACCACUAAGGAUUUAUUACCAGGCGAGGCCUGCCAGACUCUGUGGUGACGAUCACUACCUGGGGGGCCAGACUCUGUGGUGACGAUCACUACCUGGG